UUGAGCCCAACUCUAGUGUCAGUGCUUUUUCCACUGCUUCCCAACUUCUAUAGGAAAGCCAGCGUUUGUUGGGAUCUAACAGUACUUCUUUAUCAGCUAGUUCAUGGCAGUUCCCCAGGCUUCCUGCUAAUUACCCAUCUUUUAGAAAGCAUAUGACCUCAGCAGCUGAGUCAUCUUGUGUUUAAAUUUUAUAAAAAAAUAAAUAUUGAAAGCAACACACCGGGAAGCAGAAUUUCCUUCUCCUGACCUACCGGAAACCCUAUUCUAUUAAAGGAAUGUGGUCAGUGACAAAAGAGAGACCCAGAUCAGCAACCAACUGGAAAGACAACAUGAUGUUCUCAAACAAUCUACAAAAUGUCGUUCACAAUCCGGUGAUUCCCUAUGUUGGUACACUUUCUGAGGAGCUGGGGCCUGGGAAAUUGGUUGUUAUCCAUGGUCAUGUGCCCAACGAUGCAGACAGGUUUCAGGUGGAUUUCCAAUGUGGCAGCAGUGUGAAGCCCAGAGCCGAUGUUGCCUUCCACUUUAACCCACGGUUCAAAAGGUCAGGCUACAUCGUCUGCAACACCCUGAUGAAGGAGAAAUGGGGAUGGGAAGAGAUCACCUAUGAGAUGCCUUUUGAAAAAGGAAAACCUUUUGAGAUCAUGGUUAUGGUCCUGAAGGACAAGUUCCAGGUUGCUGUGAAUGGAAAGCAUCUACUGCUCUACAAACACAGAAUUGAACCAGAGAAAAUAGAUACACUGGGAAUUUAUGGCAAAGUACAGAUUGUGUCACUUGGGUUUCGCAGUAACUUGUCUUUACAAGGAACCCAAGCAACUUCUUUGCGAACACUAACGAUGAAUUCAGAAAAUAUGCAGGCAUCUGAGGCGUCACAAUUUACACUUCCUUAUGUUGCAAAGUUGAACUCUGCCAUGAAACCGGGACAAACCAUUGUCAUCAAAGCAGAAGUGAAGAAAAAUCCAAAGGGAAGCUUUACUGUUGACCUAAUAGCAGCCAGUACAAAGGACAUAGCACUGCAUUUGAACCCCCGACUAAAUGCUAAAGCAUUUGUAAGAAAUUCUUUUCUCUGUGAGAGCUGGGGAGCAGAAGAAAGAAAUAUUGCACACUUUCCAUUCAGCCCAGGGAUGUAUUUCGAGAUGAUCAUUUACUGUUCUACUAAUGAAUACAAAGUUGCCAUAAAUGGAGUCCAUGUCUUGGAAUACAAACAUAGGUUUAAGGAGUUUGGCAAGAUCGAUACACUGAAGAUCGAUGGAGACAUUGACUUAUUGGAUAUCAGGAGCUGGUAGUUGGAGCCACAAGAACAGAAUCACAACAUGAUUUAUGUAGUAGGAGGGGCCUUUUAACCUUGUCAGUGUGGAGUUCCUCUCCCUUGUCCAUUUUCUAUAUGUUGUCAAGUUUCCUUUCAUAAUGAAAACCAAAAAGGGUAUUUUCAAGAGUUAGCACUAAAACACAGCUUAGACUGGAACAAGGAGAAGAAAUCUGUAGUAUUGGGGUCAUUGUAAGCACUACUGGGGUAAUUCUGACACUCUUCACCACAGGUUCUUCUUUUCCCUCUUUCUUUUUCCCAUUUGCCCACUUCCCCCAUUUUUUUCUGUUUUCCUUGGUUUUUAUUUAACUGCAGUGGAGCAAUCAGGGUUUAAAAGGAUUGUUGGAUUCUAUUCUAAAAGAAUCUGAACCCUGUCUAAGCUGAACUAUAUUUAUAGGACCUCACUUACAAGUUGUUAAUAAUCUGAUAUUUUAGUUUUGGUUUUCCAUGAUGCAUAUAGAAUAUGCUUAAUAUCUAAUUGUUAAAAAAAAAAGGGAAGAAAGAAAAAGAAAAAAGCAUGACUCACAACUAAUUUCUUUGUCAUAAUACCCAUUUAGAUUGUACAAUAGCCUUAAACAAUUCAUCAAUUACAUAGACAAGUAUGAAUAAUGCAUCUCCUGAAGUGGUCAUUUUUUUUGAAUUCUCAUUGCAUAUAUUCAUUGGGCUAGAACUGAUGGCCAUAUUUUACAUAGUUAUAACUUUGAAGAGUAUGAAUUCAAAUACAUGUGACCAUUUUAGGGGAUUCAUUAUUCAGACUAAUCAGGAUCUAGAUGUAGUACGUACUUUAACUCUUAACUGCAGUAAAUGAGCCAAAGUUAAAAAAAAAAAAUUGGUCUUCAAUCUGGAUUGCAGUUGGGUCUACAUAGAACAGACAAAAAGAAAUAGGCUUGGGGUGGUUAUUUUGUGUAUGAGUAAAUGCCAAUUUCUUAAAAAUCUGGAUUUCAAAGACAUGAAUGAUUCACUUUCAUCGAAAGUCCCCGUGGACCUCUGCUAAAAAUAACUUGAGUACACACCCAGGAUGACUCCAUUGUAAAAUAGCAUGCCUAUGUGAAUUUUAUUGGUAAUAGUUUUUGGUGGGGUUAAAUGAAGGUACUAUGUACUAUCAAGAUCAGAUUUCUUCUGUCUUGAGCAUACAUGCCAUCUUGAAUGUUGAUAAAGCAGAUAAUAUCAGAAAAUGCAGAAAAUUUUAAGAAAAGAUGGUAUGGUAGAAAUAAUGGGUUUGUUUGCAUCAGCUUCUUAACACUCAAAAUCUUAUCCCAUCAUAUUAUUAUAACUGAGAUACAAACACUACUCUCCCUAAUAUGAUUAAAAUGAAAUCUAUAUUAUUAAGUCCACAUGCUUUACAUUUCUGUCUUCAGUACUAUCCUUCAAAGCUGGCUACCUGGUGGAAAUUCAAUAUAACCAACUCACUAAGUCAAAUCUUGUUGUGGUAAAUUUAAAAGAGGGGGGGGUGCCCCCUAAUCAUUUUGUUAUAUUGCUGAAAUGGACCAUCUGCUUAGCCUUGGAAAUUUUUUCAUAAUGGUGAGAUUUUUAUAUAAUGAGAGCAGUUCUAUAUUCUUAUUUUUUAAGAGCGUAUUUGAUAUUUUCAUUUUUCAAAUAUUUAUGGCAGAAAAGUCCAAAUGUUUGGGGUCUUUUUUCUCGCUUUGUUCUCUUUGUCUCUUUAAUCUAGCCACAAACUAUUUCUUCAGCAUUAAUUUUUAUUGAUAAAGGCUCUCGUACAGAGACACCAGAAAAGUAGCAUUUAAAGAAUUUUAAGGUCUCUCUGUUGACCUUUCUGGGCAAAGUAGCAAAAGCUCCAACUUUCCCCUCACUUAGUACGUGGUUUUAAGGUUCUAUAGAAACAAUUGGCUGGUAGUAAUAAUAAAAGAAAUCUAGUUUUAUUGAAUGUUAGUAGUGAAUGUUAUAUAUAUGGAGCAACUAAGAUAAUUUUCAUUCAGAGAUUAUAAAGACCUGAAUCUUUUCUCAUAGUGUACAUUAUAAAAUCCUUAAUAAUUCCUAAAGGAACUUGUAUGUAUACAAAUACACACACACACACACAAUAUAUAUACAGACAUAAUAUUUAUAUAUCAAUUAAUAUCCUUGAAAAAAAUGUAAGCUUAUAAGCUGCAAGCUGGAGCUGGAGACUGAAAAUGCACCUUUCAUUUCCUUUGUUAAAAGAUUAUAGCUAACAGUGAUUUAAUGAAAUGCAAACCCUAAGUUAGGUUUUGUAUACAUUUUUUUUAUCUCUUAGAAUUCUUGAGGUAACUUCUUUAAAGAAAUCUUGCCAUGGCUGACUUAAUUUGUAUAAAGUCUCUCUAGUCCAUAUUAGAAUAUUACUAGAAUUCUAGAAAACCACCAAAUUUAUUUUCUUUCUCAUAUAGGCAGUUGUUGAUUAUCCAUCUAUGGAAAUCUCUGGCAAAUGUAUAAUCAUCCCAAAGUGGCUUCUUCAUGAAAUCAAACAUGUUUCUUAGUCAUUUCUUUCAAUGUGUGCUCAACAUACAUUCGCUCCAAUAAGAGUAGGAUGCCAGAAGGCUGAAAAAAAAAAAAACAACAAACAUUCCACAGCCAAAUGGAAGAAAUUGUUGGCCUUUCCGUUGUGAUUUUUAAAAAAUUACCUAUGCCACAUUCCCUUCUACUGGUAAAGAUAACUGAAAGUUAACUGUAAAAUUCUAAAAUAGGUAUUAUCUGAUUCCAGUGUAUUGUAUAAUACUUAAAUGGAUUUUAAAAUAAAAUGGUUUUGGGGGGA